AUGAGAAAAGACCUUCCUGAAGAGGAGGAGGAUCACCACCAACACCACCAACACCACCAACACCACCAACACCACCACCACCACCAACACCACCAACACCACCAACACCACCACCAACACCACCACCAACACCACCACCAACACCACCACCACUCAACAACAUCUCUUCACACAACACCAUCCACAAGACUCCACCCAUCUUAUUCUUCCUUAAAGGAUUUUAUUUUCAAAUCAUCAUCAUUCUCUCAGGAGGAUCGGAAUAAUCCUCCCAAAACACUUUAUCAAUAUUACAUGACACUACGAUUUUCUCUUCAUCAUUCACAUCAUUACUUGUAUGAUUUCUUUCAAUCUCAUUCCUAUUAUGAUUCACAUUUAAAAUCAUCUUUGAAUGAUUCAAGAAGAGUAAAAAUAGAUUCACCUCAUGUCCAUUCCAUCACUUGUCUUGAUUUGGAUAAAACCAAUGAAAAGAGAUUUCUACUAAGUUGUGGAAAUGAUCGAAUCAUUGCAUUGUAUGAUUGUUUACCAUCUAUUGUGAAUGGAUUUGAAUAUUAUGAACAUUUAAUCGAUGAGGAUGAGAAUAUGACUAAAAAAGGUAGAACGAUUCAAAAGAUUACCAAUAUCAAUUCCUCCAUCAAUUCCAACAAUACCAAUACUACUACUACCAAUAAUACCAAUUCCACCAAUACUUUCACCACUCAACAACCCAUCAUUAAACCCAUUCACACAAAAAGAUCACAACAAACACUUCAUUCAAGUUCUUUAACUGGUGUCAUGUGGUAUUCCAAUGAUUGUGGAAUGUUCUUUUCAUGUGGUAAAGAUCAUCUCUUAAAUGUAUGGGAUACAAGUACCAUGACUUGUGUCUCUUCUUUUGAUUGUCAGAGUAGUAUUUAUUCGAUGGAUAUGUACAAUAAUAGUCAUGGUGGUCAUGGUAGUAGUGGUCCUACAACACUCAUUGCAUGUGCCUUAGAAGAUCACUCCAUUCGUCUCUGUGAUUUAAAUUCAGGUGCUAAUAUUCAACAAUUUAUUGGACAUUCUUCAAAAGUGAGAUGUGUGAAAUGGUCACCACAUUCUGAAUAUCUCUUUGCAAGUGCAAGUAAUGAUGGUACAAUUCGAUUAUGGGACAUUCGAACCUCAGGAUGGUUAUUAUGUAUGGAUCAAUUUUAUACAAUGAAAAGUAGUCUUUCAAAAAAGAAGAUUUCUGUAGCGAGUGGUCAAAGUGGUGGUGGUACAAGUGGUGGUAGUAGAAAUAGUAUUGGUGGUACAAGUGGUACUGCCAGUGUGAGUGCUAGUGGUGGCAGUGAUACAAAAAAAGAAAUUAACAAAACCACCACUCACAAUAUUAAAUUUUCACCUGCCAAAGCCUAUAAUUAUGCCAAUAUCAAAGUGCCAUUGGCUCACAAUGAUCACAUCAAUUCACUUUGCUUUGCACAUGAUGGACAAUAUUUAUUUAGUUCAUCCAAUGAUCGAAGAAUGAUGAAAUGGGUUACACAAACAGGAAUGAAUACUCAAUUUAAUUGUAAAGUACAUAAUGAUAUCUCAAGUUCACAAUCCUGUCAAUUGAUGUGUCAUGGUGGAAAAUAUUCAAAAUUAAUAUUUCAUGCAGCGGAGAGUUUUGUUGAAAUGUUUCAUCAAGAGAGUGGUGAAAAGAUAAUUCCCAAAGUGCAUGACUCUUCAUCACAUUAUGGUAAAAUAUUGAGUAUGUGUUUUGAUGAGACUCGACAAGUAUUAUAUACGGCAGGAACUGAUUUUGCAAUUUCCAUUUUAGAUACCAAUUAUGGUAUGUUUGCAAGUCCAGAAGAACAAGUCACCAUUCAUCACGAUAUGGAUGAUUGGAGUGACUAG